GCUUAACAGGUCACUGUGGGAAGGUAUGCCCUCCUACUGUUCAUCUCCUUAAACCUCUGACGCUGGGGUUCCCUGCGAAACCGUAGCCGACGCCCUACAGCUGAGGCCCUUUUUGCCGCGAAAACCUACUGCCGUGAGCCCCUGAGCACACCGCCACCGUCGCCAACCUCUGGCGACACUCCUGCAGUCACUAUCGGCAAAAAAAACGAACUUCCUCUUUGCACACGUCUCUCUUUCUCUCCCUCUCUCUCGGUAUAGAGAAAAAAAGUUAUACCUAGAAGACUUUGAGUGUGCUCUCCAAUGGCGACGCUGUCACAGGCUCACGCUGUCAAAUCUCUCAACAAAUCCCCCGGCCGCAGGCGCUUUGUCUUCAAGACAUUGUCUCAGAGACUAGAAGAAGUUGAGGUCGAAGUGUUUCGAAGCCUUGAUCCUCUUAAGUGUGAGCCGUCAGAGGGAUCUUCAUUUUUUUGGGGUUGUCUUGUACAAUGGCGGGAACUGAAUACUGCAGAGGAUUUCAUUUCAUUUUAUGGCAUUGUAGUGUCUAGAAAAAUACAAACCCUACCCCUGGUGAUGUUGCAUAAAGAGUUAAUAGUCUCAGAACUUCUCUCUAGAUUAACAAUGAAAGCAAGAUUAUCUCUUGAGCCCAUUCUCAGGUUGAUUGCAGCUUUAUCUAGGGAUCUUUUGGAGGACUUUUUUCCCUUUUUACAGAAGGUUGCUGACUCUUUAGUCUGCCUCCUCAAGAGUGGUGCUGAUAGGGAACCUGAAAUUAUUGAGCAGAUUUUUACAUCUUGGUCAUGUAUUGUGAUGUAUUUGCAGAAAUAUUUGGUGCAAGACAUAGCUUUUAUACUUAAGGUUACUGUCAAAUUAAGAUUUUACCCCAAGGAUUACAUCCAAGGAUUUAUGGCUGAGUCAAUGUCUUUUUUGUUGAGGAAUGCACCUGUUGAGCAGCUUAUAAAAGGUAUUCGAAAGAUCAUGUUUGAAGUUGUAAGGAAACCAUUGCUUAAUCGUAGGUUUGGAGUCAGUGCUUUGCUACAGCAUACCAUGCAAGGAACAUCAUUGAGGUUUCAUUCAAGAGCAGAGCAAGUGCUCCGUUUAUUGAUGGACACAUCUACAUUUGCCAUUGGUGACAAAUUAUCUCAAGGUUCAGACAUUGUUGGUGAAGUUGUAAUUGCUACAUUCCAAAGAUUAUGUGAACAGUUUGAGACUAAGGAGUUGGAUUUGAUGUGGGAUUGCUUAUGUGAGGAAAUAACUGAUUGUGUAAAUAAUGGCUGCUUGUUGCAUGCAAGCCGCUUAUUAUCCCUGCUUAUUUCAACUGUUCAGAUAGAUAAGGGGCGCAAGAUUUCUGAUUACAAAAAAAUAUGUGGACUUGUGGAGUUGCUUGUGCAAACAUAUAUCAUUCCUUCUGGCCUUUUGGAGGCAGAGUAUUCACAUGAAAUUGUUGAUAAGGUUCUGCAGCUAAUGCUCUGUAUUCUUGAUGGGCUUCACAGUUAUAAUGAUACGUCUUCCAUUUCUGCCGUUGCAUUACAAUGGGCUCCCAUAUUUAAGUUCAGGAACUCAAGUUUGCUGACAUUUAUUAGAGAAUUACUUCUGAAGGACCCUUGCAUACCAUAUGCCUUCAGAGCCAAUAUUUUAAGUGUGUUAAAUGAUUUAAUAGAAACUUCACAGGAAGAAGUUAUAUAUCUGACACUAAUGUUCUGUGAGAGGAUGCAAAUGCAAGGGUUUAAUUUCAUAGAUGGGACAUCUAAUGAAGGGUUUUCAAGGAUAGACAGUUUCUUGCGAGAGGCUCUGAGCCAAUGGAUUGCGAUAAUACAUGACAUUAUACGAGGGGAUCAAUCAUCUACUCAUUUUCAUGAGGCCAAGCUAGCUCUUCUGUGGGGAAUUACAAGAUGCUGUUCUUAUACCCGAGAUAUCAAAGGAAACCGGCUGUUAUUAAUGGAUUUGUUAGACCUACUUGAUCAGCUUCUAAUGCUUGAUGCUGACAAUAUUGCAGGUCUUCCUAGAUAUGCUUGGCAAGGCCUAGUUGGUGCAGUGUUGAGUUCUUAUCGCAAGUUGCUGAUUUGUGAAUAUUCUGAACUAGAAGAAACUAGCAAAUUUCUUCAUCUUGCCAAAAGAUACAAAUCAUCUUCACAAAUACUGCUUGCUGUGGCUGAUCUUUUGGAUUCAAUGCACAAGCCUACUUUCCAAGCAGACACCAGCAAUAAAAUAGUUCAUCCAGAGCUUACUGCAGAGAAGGCAAGGGAGGCAAUGGAAGUUUUUUCUGAGAAUUUAUGCAAUUCUGACAAAGAGAUUCGUGUUUCGACUCUUAGAAUAUUGCGUCAUUAUGAACUGCUGGAUUGUGACUUUUUAAUGGAGGCGCGGUCUUUUCAGAAAAAAAUGGAAACUGGUGUUUCUGAAAAUUGUCCUUUGGAUACCAAAUAUAAUAAUGCUUUUGAGCUUCUUCAUUUGAUUGAGGGAACCCCUCUUUCCAUUGCUACGAGCAGGAAAGUUACGUUAUUCAUCUCUAAAAUACAGAUGGAUCUCACCGCUGCUAGGAUAUCUGAAGGUUAUAUACCUGCUAUUUUGAACGGGAUUGUGGGCAUUUUUCAUAACCGGUUUAGCUACUUGUGGAAUCCAGCAGUAGAAUGCCUUGCUGUUCUUAUUAACAAUCAUGUUGGGGUUGUAUGGGACAUAUUUGUUUGUGUUAUUGAACAAUACCAGUUUAAAUUUCUAACAUGUGAAGAUGUACUUAACAUCGUCGAGUCUGAUUCUUCGGACAGAUUAAGUGGCCUUGUUGAUUGUUUCAAUCAGUUCACUAAUCGUUCGCAUGAUAGCACUCCAUGUGCAACAGUGUUAUCUCUGUUGCUGCAGUCCUUGCAAAAGAUCCCUAAUGUUGUUGAGUCUCGGUCUCGGCAAAUUAUACCUUUGUUCUUGAAGUUUUUAGGUUACAAUAUUGAUGAUCUUGUCAGUGUGGGAUCAUUUAAAUCACAUGCUUGUAAAGGUAAAGAAUGGACGAGUGUCCUUAAAGAAUGGCUGAACUUGUUGAAACUGAUGGGGAACCUGAAGUCUUCGUAUUGCAGUCGAUUUCUCAAAGAAGUUCUCGAAAUUAGGCUUCUUGAUCAAAAUGAUGCUGAAACACAGAUGAAAGUUCUUGAUUGUCUAUUAAUUUGGAAAGAUGAUUUCUUGCUCCCUUAUGCUCAACAUCUGAAAAACCUGAUCAAUUCAAGGAGUUUGCGAGAAGAACUCACAACAUGGAGUUUAUCAAAAGAGUCUAAUUUUAUUGAACAACACCAUAGAAAUCAUCUUGUACCUUUAAUUAUCCAACUUCUAAUGCCAAAAGUCAGAACACCAAAGAUGCUUGCAUCUCGAAAGCACACUAGUUCACAUCAUCGAAAGGCAGUCCUUGGUUUCAUAGCUCAACUUGAUGUGGACGAGCUUCCUCUUUUCCUUGCCAUGUUAAUAAAGUCUUUGCGAAUUAUUUCAGAGGCAACUGAUAUUUCUGCUAAUAGGUUGUGGAGCUCACCUGAUAACUUCAGUGGUGAUUUUCAACUAGUCAGUUUCUUGAAGUAUUUUACAAGGGAUAAUAUAGUGGCCCUUUCUUGGAAGAAGAGGUUUGGAUUUAUGCAUCUAAUUGAAGAUAUUCUUGUGGUUUUUGAUGAAUCGCGUGUUAGACCAUUUCUUGAUCUAUUAAUGGGUUGUGUUGUCCGAGUACUGGAAAGCUGCACAUCAAGUCUUAAUAGUGCAAAAUGCAAUGGAAAUUUUCCUAUGUACAAUGAUGCUAUGAACACCACAGUGGAUGACGAGGAUGUUGCAUCUGAAAUUCAUGUUAUGACUGGCACCUCUGUGAAGCAGUUCAAGGAGUUAAGGUCCUUGUGUCUGAAAAUAACUUCUCAUGUUCUCAAUAAGUAUGAUGAUCAUUUUUUUGGCUGUGGAUUCUGGGACCUAUUCUUUAUGUCAGUAAAGCCUCUGAUUCACAGUUUUAAGCAGGAGGCUUCUAGCAGUGAGAAACCUAGCUCUUUGUUUUCUUGCUUUGUUGGUAUGAGUAAAAGCCACAACCUUGUAUCACUAUUGUGUCGGGAAGAGAAUCUUGUUUGUGACAUUUUUUCGAUUUUAUCCAUCACUACUGCAUCAGAGGCCAUUUUAUCUUGCGUUCUUAAGUUCAUUGAGAACCUAUUGAUUCUUGAUACUGAGUUGGGUGAUGAAGACAAUUCAAUCAAACAGAUUUUGGUUCCCAACCUAGACUCACUCAUCUGCAACCUGCAUUGUCUUUUUCUGAAGAAGGCAACCAAAAGGAAAUUGUUUAAAUGCCCAGGAGAAUCAGAACUUCAAAUAUUUAAACUAUUGUCAAAGUAUUUAAAAGGGCCUGUUCUGGCGAGGAAAUUUGUUGAGAUAUUGCUUCCACUCAUCAGGAUGAGAGCUCAAAAUUCCGAUGUUUUUGUAGAAAUUUUGCAAGUUAUUCGAGAUAUUGUACAAUUAGUGGGAGGUGAAAUCACUUCAAAAAUUCUUAGUGAAGUUUCCCCUCUCCUUACAUUUGCUGGGCUGGAUGUGCGGAUGUCUAUUUGUGAUCUCUUUGUUAGUCUUUCUCAAAAAGACCCUACUCUAGUCACAGUGGCAGAACUUCUCCGUGAACUGAAUGCAACAUCUGCUGUGGAAAUGGGCGAGCUUAAUUAUGAUAAUAUAUUGAAUGCUUAUGACCAGAUCAAUAUAGAGUUCUUUUAUCGUGCUCAACAGGAUCAUGCUUUAAUGAUUUUGUCACACUGUAUAUAUGAUGUGUCAUCUGAGGAAUUAAUUUUGAGGCAAAGUGCAUUUAGGUCAUUGCUCUCGUUUGUUGAAUUCUCUGCCCAAAUUCUCGCACACGAGUUAAGAAAUCACUCGGAAAUGCCUGAAGUGAUGAUAUCAUCUGCUGAUGAAGGUUGGACUGGAGUCUGUAUUUUGCGCAUAAUAAAUAAAUUUCUUCUGAAACAUAUGCGUGAAGCAAUGAACAAAGAAACUUCUGUCCAUAAGGAAUGGAUCGACUUACUACGUGAAAUAGUGUCAAAGCUUCCAGAGUCGAGCUUUAAGUCAUUCAAAGAUUUGUGCAAUGAUGACCCGGAAGUAGAUUUUUUCAACAAUAUCGUUCACUUACAGAAGCAUAGGAGAGCAAGGGCAUUGUUACGUUUCAAGGAUCUUGUCAGUAAAGGCGGUUUGCCAGAGGUCAUUACAAAUAAAGUGUUUGUCCCACUUUUUUUGAAUGUGUUGUUUGAUGUACAAGAUGGUAAGGGAGAGCAUGUUAGAAAUGCAUGCUUGGAGACUCUUGCUUCUAUUUCUGGUCACAUGGACUGGAAUUCAUACUAUGCAUUAUUAGUUAGAUGCUUCAGGGAGAUGACCUCAAAACCAGAUAAACAGAAGAUGUUGCUGCGGCUUAUUUGCUCUAUUCUGGAUCACUUCCAUUUUUCAGCUAGUUUGGAUCAAGAAGCUGGAGAUGGUAUGGAAUAUGUUUCAAGUCAUGACACCACGGGAAGUGGCUUGUCAGCGGUCCUGCACAAGGGCAACAAGUCUGUUAUGUUUACUGAGAUACAGAAAUGUCUACGUAAAACUGUGCUACCCAAGCUACAAAAGAUACUGAAUUCUGAUUCUGAGAAGGUCAAUGUUAAUGUUAGUCUCGCUACAUUGAAAGUACUGAAGUUGCUUCCAAGAGACAUUAUGGAAUCACAUACACCAAGUAUUAUUCGUCGUAUUUCUAACUUCCUAAAAGGUCGUCUGGAAAGCACCCGUGAUGAAGCUAGGUCUGCUUUGGCUGCUUGUUUGAAGGUGCUUGGGCUGGGGUACUUGCAGGAUGUCAUCUCCACAUUGCGGACUACUUUGAAGCGAGGAUAUGAGCGGCAUGUAUUGGGAUAUACUUUAAAUUUUAUUUUGUCAAGUCACCUGAAUCCCAUUAGCGGGAAUUUGGAUUAUUGUUUGGUAGAUCUACUUUCUAUUGUAGAGAAUGAUAUAUUUGGAGAUGUUGCUGAGGAAAAAGAGGUUGAAAAGAUUGCUUCAAAAAUGAAAGAGACUAGGAAGAACAAGUCUUUUGAAUCUCUCAAAUUGAUUGCCCAACACGUAACCUUUAAAAGUCAUGCGUUCAAACUACUUUCUCCUGUUACCACUCAUCUGCAGAAGCAUUUGACAGCAAAAAUGAAAUCAAGAUUGGAAACCAUGUUAAGUCAUAUAGCCGCUGGCAUUGAAGGCAAUCCAUCAGUUGAUCAGACAGACUUAUUUAUCUUUAUAUAUGACCUCGUUGAAGAUGGGAUGACUAAGGAAAAUCAUGUAGGUGAAAAUUCUUCAAUUUCGUGCACAGAUAAGCAAUUUAGGAGUGAUGUGAGAAGGAAAGGAAUUUAUUCAGGCACUAACAUUGGUGCUGAGGCACAAUUUUCACACCUCAUUACGGUUUUUGCACUUGGGUUGUUGCAUAAUCAUUUAAAGAAAGGAAAAGUAGACAGUAAGAGUGAACAGCUAUUAUCAAUGUUGGAUCCUUUCAUUAAACUUCUUGGCAACUGCUUGAAUUCUAAGUUCGAAGAUAUCUUGUCUGCAACUCUUAGAUGCCUCAUUCAAUUGAUAAGGCUGCCUUUGCCAGCACUUGAAUCUCAAUCCGAUAAGAUAAAGGCAGCACUUCUGGAUAUUGCUCAAAGCUCGUUUAAAGCAAGCAGUCCUCUAAUGCAGUCUUGUUUGAGGUUAUUAACAGUUCUUUUGCGGAGCACCAAAGUUACUCUUUCAACAGAUCAGUUACAUCUGUUGAUCCAGUGUCCACUGUUUGUUGAUCUUGAAACUAAUCCCUCUUUUGUUGCACUCUCACUUUUGAAGGCAAUUGUCUACCGCAAGUUGGUUGUACAUGAGAUUUAUGAUCUUGUCACUCGAGUUUCAGAAUUGAUGGUAACAAGCCAAUCAGAGCCAAUCCGCAAGAAAUGCAGUAAAAUAUUGUUGCAAUUCUUACUUGAUUAUCACUUGUCUGGGAAGCGCUUGCAGCAGCAUCUCGAUCUCCUACUUGUGAAUCUAAGAUAUGAGCAUUCGACUGGAAAGGAAGCUGUGCUUGAAAUGCUUCAUACCAUCAUAAUUAAAUUUCCAAAAAGCAUUGUGGAUGAGCAGUCCCAGACAUUUUUUGUUCAUUUGGUAAUCUGCUUGGCCAAUGAUCAUGAUAAUAAGAUCCGUUCCAUGACAGCUGCAGCCAUGAAACAUUUAAUUGAGCGUAUGAGCCUGCAUUCACUUCAGCUAGUUCUUGAUUAUUGUCUCUCUUGGUAUUUGGGCGAAAAGCAGCAACUUUGGAGUGCUGCAGCACAGGUUUUAGGAUUACUGGUUGAAGUUAUGGACAAGGAGUUUCGAAAACGUGUCAGUAGUGUACUGCCAGUGACCAGAACAAUUUUACAGGCUGCUGUUACUGUUUUCAAGGAUGGACAACUAGAUCUUUCUAAUGAAACCAAAGUUCCUCUUUGGAAAGAAGCAUAUUAUUCGCUAGUUAUGUUGGAGAAAAUGCUAGAUCAGUUUCAUGAAUUGUGCUUUGAAAGCGAUCUUGAGGAUCUAUGGGAAACAAUAGUUGAACUUCUGCUGCACCCGCACAUUUGGUUGCGUAACAUAUCAAGCCGUCUUGUGAGCUUGUACUUCUCCAGGGUAAAAAAGGCUGACAAUUAUGUUAGUCCACAAGGGACAUUUUUUCUCAUGAGACCCAGUAGACUUUUUGGGAUAGCUGUUUCCUUCUGUUGCCAACUAAGUGGACAACUCACUGAUGGUGCUAUGAGCAACAUGAUUACUGAAAAUAUUGUCUUUUCAAUUUAUCACAUGCAUUCCUUGAUGCGGCAGAAGGAAUGUCUGGAUGCUCACAGAUUUUGGUCUGCCCUUGAACCACAAGACCAAGGCCGUUUCCUUGAUGCUUUGCAGUUGCUUGAUUCAAGAAAAGGAAGAGGCUUGUUUACAUCUCUUACUUCUGGUGUGUAUUUUAAUGAUUAUCGAGAAAACAGUGAGGAUAUUCGCUUUUGUCUUGUUUCUAAUUUGCUGAAGAAAAUGGGAAGGAUUGCCCUUCAGAUGGAGGCCAUUCAGAUGAAAAUUGUCUUCAAUAGUUUUAAAGUAAUUGCAUCAGAACUUGGUCAGGAUGGUUGCAAACAUUAUGCAAGUGAAAUGCUGGUACCCUUGUACAAAGUUUGUGAAGGGUUUUCUGGAAAAGUUAUUCCAGAUGACGUGAAGCUACUAGCACAAGAAGCUUGUGAAGGCAUACGCAGUGCAGUAGGCAUCCAGAAUUUUCUACAUGUUUACAGCCAGAUCCAGAAAAAUCUCAAGGCAAAGAGAGAGAAACGGAGACAAGAGGAAAAGAUAAUGGCUGUUACCAAUCCCAUGCGAAAUGCCAAGCGGAAGUUGAGGAUUUCAGCCAAGCAUGCAGCCCACAAGAAAAGGAAGAUAAUGACGAUGAAAAUGGGGAGGUGGAUGCGCUAAAAAUGGCUCUUAUAUAUGGGUGCUGCUCCACAUUUUACACUGGUUUGGCUUAGUGUGUCCUGGCCUAUUGAGAGUGACAAAGGGCUAUAAUUAUUCAUUGCACGCGCUCCUCUCCUUGUGCCUCUUCUUUUGGUGAAUUUAGUACUCAGAAGAAUGCCAUUCUGGACAGCUUAUAGUUCCCAAUUCAGGAAGCAGCAAUUGUCAAGGGAUAGACCUGGCAGCUAUUGAAAUCCCAACUGAUAUAAUGCUUUUCCAUGGUUAGAGGUUUUGGGGAUGUCCUUUGAAAUUUUGCUACUCGCGGUUGAAUCUUUUAUUUUAUUUUUCAUUUUUUUGCCUUUUGCCCCAACAUAUGUGCUCUGCAAAGGCGGAAUUUAAUGCAGAUGCUUGUGUGUGCAAGCUCAAUGGAAUUAUUUAAGCUUGAAUCCAUGUAUAGGAAUCUUGAAACAAUGUAAAUUUCAAGGUUAAAAGAAAGGAUUAUUUGAGAUAGAAAUCUUGAAACAAUGUAUAUUUCAAGUUUAGAAGAAAAGCUAAGAAUAGUUUCAUUUCUUGAA